AUGACUGAGAUUGGUGGUGGUGGUGCGACGGUAGUGGUGGUGCCGCAGUGGUGUUGUUGGUAUUGUGGUGGUGUCGACAGUGACUGGGAUGAUUCAAAACUAGGGGCAGAAGAUGAGGACAUUGGGGCACAUGUGGCUCCUAUCGUCAAACUGCAAGAAGUGGCUGUUACAACUGGCGAAGAAAAUGAAGAUUUCUUUCUCGAUAUGAAGGCAAAGCUGUAUAGAUUUGAUAAUGAAGGGAGCCAAUGGAAAGAGAGGGGCGUUGGGACACUGAAGCUACUCAAGCAUAAGGAGAGUGGCAAAAUUAAGCUUGUCACGAGGCACAACAAGACCCUUAAGAUUUGUGCUAACCAUCUGGAUCUAGAAGAGCUCAAUCCGGCUCUUGUAGAUGAAGGAUUGCCUCUUAAAUUAUUCUAG